ACCUAAUUAAGAAUCGGUCCAUCAUUUGUUUCCGCUCAAAAUCAACAGAUAUGAAUCAUAGGCCGCCGAUAGUUCUACAACAACAACAACAACAACAACAAAAGUUAAUUAAGUUCAUUUGAGGUUCACAGAGAUGAGAUAUAUGAUGAUGAUGAUUUCACAGAUUAAUUAAUUAGUAACUCUCUCUCAAUAAUAAGUAAGGUUUCUUUGGUGAACAUUGCAAAUUGAAGCAUCUUAAUUCAUCAUCAAUCAUCAUCGUCAUCAAUGGCAGGAGCAGUAUUUGCUCGAUGUUUUCUUCUCUCCCAAAGAUCCUCCUCCUCCUCAUUCUACAUCCUUCGCCAAUUCUGUUUCUCUGCUUCACCACCUUCUUCUCUCAGAGCUGAGAAUCAAUUUAACAUGUUAAGAAGAGCAUUUAGCAGCAGCAGCAGCAGCAGCAGCAACCGCAACUCUAAACUAGUUAACUUCUCACCUUCAGAUUCAGAUUCAGAUUCAGACUCAGAUUCCGAAGACAACAAAAGCCCAACCACAAGAAGAUCAAAUAAAGAGAUUGACAACAACACCAAACUGCCUCCACCUUACGACCCAUUCAACAAGAAGAAGCCAGCAUUCGUUGAGCCAGACGACCCAAAGAACUUGCCGGAAGUGUUCCACAAAAUGAGCUCAGAUGGACUAUUCAACAACGCAGUCAAGAUGUUCGACGCACUCUCAAAAGACGGAUUAACCCACGAGGCACUAGAAUUAUUCUCGCAAAUCAAAGACAAAGGCCACAUGCCUGACGUCGUUUCCCACACUGCUGUUCUAGAGGCUUACGCCAACGCCGGCCAAGCCAAGGAAGCCAACCGUACGUACCUCAGAAUGUUGGCUUCCGGCGUCUCGCCAAACGCUUACACUUACUCUGUUCUGAUCAAAAGCUUAGCCGGUUCAGGUGAAACAAAGCUAAUUAAAGAGGCAAAAAAAUAUGUGAAGGAAAUGAUUGAAAAGGGGAUGAAGCCCAAUGCUGGAACUUGCGUGGCUAUGUUUGAGACGUUUUUGGAAGAGGAGAAGGUUGAGGAAGGAAGAGAGUUUUUGGAAGAGAUCAAGGCUCAGGGAUUCGAGCCCGAUGAGAAGGCGGUUAGGGAAGUCUUGAGGGGAAAAAGGGGUCCGGUUCCGAAGAAAGUCAUUGAGAUCUUGUUCGCACGAUAACAACCCUUUAAGGAGGAGAAUUUGCAAAGUUGUUAAAAUUUCAAAUUCAAGUUUAAAAGACAGAAAUUUUGAAUAGUUGAACUUUACAACAUAUUAAAUUGCUUAGAAGUUAUAUCCAUAUUAUGAUUUAAGUUGAGAAAAAUUAUAUUUAAAACAUUCAUACAUAAUAAGUUAUCCCUUGAU